UGUUUCUACUUUCUAACGUGUAACUUACUAACUUUUAACCAAAUCACACCUUUACAAGAUUAGGGCAAAAUUCCAAUUUGUCUUCCCAGAAAGCCAUGAAUACGCAUAAAAUCCUCUUCAACUCCAAUGUCGUCAUCCAAAGAUUCUCUCACAGUGGCAAUUUCGUCAAUCCACUAAAAUCCCCCACCCCCUCUUUUCCAACCACUUGUCAAAAAUACCAACCCAUCUCCGCGUCAGCGCCACCAGCAGCCACCACCGCCCGCCACCACUUUCACACCUACUCCUCCUCUUCUCACAUGGCUGCUCCUACUUCCGAUGACGAUCGCAUCUCCCGAAUUACAUCAGCAAUUCGCGUCAUUCCAGACUUUCCCAAGCCAGGGAUUUUGUUUCAGGAUAUUACGACGUUGUUGCUUGAUCCGGUAGCUUUUAAGGAUACGAUUGAUCUGUUCGUUGAGCGGUAUAAAGAUAAGGAUAUCUCGGUUGUUGCUGGUGUUGAAGCAAGAGGUUUCAUAUUUGGUCCUCCUAUUGCAUUGGCCAUCGGAGCAAAAUUUGUCCCUAUGAGAAAACCAAACAAGUUACCCGGACCUGUUAUAUCAGAAGAGUAUUCAUUGGAGUAUGGCAAAGACAAAAUUGAGAUGCACGUCGGAGCUGUAGAAGCAGGAGAUCGUGCUCUCGUAAUAGAUGAUUUAAUUGCAACUGGUGGAACCUUGUGUGCUGCAAUCAAUUUACUUGAGCGGGUUGGAGCUCAUGUAGUCGAGUGUGCUUGUGUUAUUGAAUUGCCUGAACUGAAGGGUCGGGAUCGAUUAGGAGACAAGCCGCUGUUUGUCCUCGUCUCGUGAGUCUUAUGACUGUGUGGAAAUCAAAAUGAUUUUUAACAAAGAGGUUUAUUUGGGUUUAUGGAACUAAAAUAAAAUGUUGAUUUACACCUUGCGGGAAUCUAAAUAUGUAAUAUGUACUCUUGUAUACAUUACUUGGUGGUGGUGAAGGCAACCUUAUUAAGGUUGAAGAACACAACAUCAUUCUUUUUUCUCAUCCCUUAAGUUGUUAAAUUAUGAAGGAUUGUUUUCAAGAUA